AUGCUUGGAAUGGGGUACAAAUGCAAGGAUCCGCGCCUAACAUUUAUAGGAGGAGCCAGGAGGGUCGGGACGGCCGUCUGGGUUGGGACGACCGUCUCACUUGAAUUUUUACCCUUGGGACGACCGUCUCACUCAAAAUUUGGCCCUGAGACGGGCGUCUCAAAUGUGGGACGGGCGUCCCACUUGAAAUUGGCUAUUUGGGACGGCCGUCUCGACCCUUGGGACAACUGUCUCGAGCUUUUCAA